AUGAAUUAUUUUAUUGAAGAAAUUGAAGCGAACAAAGAAUUGAGUGAAGUUGAAAAGAAAAAUCAUGUCAAAACUGGAGGAGAAUCUUUCAGUUGUUCUAAAUCCAAACAGAAUGCUUUAAAGUCAAGAGGAGCCAAGAAAUCUUUCACCUGCCAUCAGUGUGGAAAGAGUUUCACAAGCAAAUAUAAUCUUGAUGUUCAUAUGAGAAUUCACACGGGAGAGAAACCAUUCGCUUGUGAUAAAUGUGGGAAGAGUUUCACACAAUUGCUAAGCCUUAAGGUACACAUAAACAUCCACACUGGAGAGAAACCACACACAUGUGGUCAGUGCGGGAGGAGUUUCACACGAAAAGAAAGCCUUAUAACCCAUAUGAGAAUUCAUACAGGAGAGAAACCGUUCUCAUGUAAUCAGUGUGGAAAAAGUUUUGCAUAUUUAGCGAACCUUAAGGUACACAUGAAAAUCCACACUGGAGAUAAACCUUUUAAGUGUUCACACUGUGACAAGAGAUUCAGUCAGUCAACAACUCUGAAAAUACACGAGAGGAUCCACACUGGAGAGAAACCGUACACAUGUGAUCAGUGCGGGAAGAGUUUUGCAGGUAAAGGAAGACUUAUGGCACAUAUGAGAGUUCAUACAGGAGAGAAACUGUACACAUGUAAUCAAUGUGGAAAGAGUUUGAAAAGCAUAUAUAGUCUUGAUGUUCACAUGAGAGUUCAUACUGGAGAGAAACCAUACACUUGUGAACAGUGCGGGAAGUGUUUCACACAAUUAGCAAGCCUUAGGAAACAUAUGAACAUCCACACUGGAGAGAAACUGUACUCAUGUGAUCAGUGCGAUAAAACAUUUUUAAGGGAUUCAGUCCUGAAGAAACACCUGACGGUUCAUACAAAAGGGAAGAUGUAUUCAUGUAAUUUGUGUGGAAAGAGGUUUUCAUAUUUUUCCAUUUUAAAAGAACAUCAGAAAACACAUACUGGUGUGAGAGAGCACAUGUGCUUUGAGUGUGAAAAGACUUUUACUACAGCAAAGUGUUUAAAACUGCACCAGAGGAUCCAUACUGGAGAGAAUCUGCAAAUUGGUGUGGCUCCAGUGUGGAUGGGAGGCAAUCUUUGA